AUGGAGAGCAAAGCUCCACAAGCCGAUGAGGGGAGCACGACCAGACCCCUGAGGGUUGCAAUCAUCUGUGGGGGACCGUCUGCUGAGAGGGGCAUAUCACUGAAUUCUGCAAGAAGUGUGCUCGACCACCUGCAGUCAUCUGACAUUAACGUGUCCCCAUAUUACUUGGACCAAAACCUGCAAGCGUAUGCAAUCUCAACUGCACAGAUGUAUUCCAAUACGCCCUCCGACUUCGACUUCAAACUUGCCAGUACUGCCCAGCGCUUCCAAACACACAAGGACUUCCUUCGUCACUUGAAGGAGAACGCUGACAUCAUGUGGCCUGUUCUACACGGCCAGUUUGGGGAAGAUGGGGGCAUACAGCGCCUGCUCGAGGGUGAGGGGCUGCCGUUCGUCGGAACAGGCGCAGAAGCGGCUGCGAAAGCUUUUGACAAGUACGAGGCGGCGCAGCUUUUGCGAGCAGCUGGCUUUGCCACCCUCCCAGCGUUUCUGGUCACGGACCCUGCAUCCGACGAAUCUGCCCUAUCGGCCUGGUUUGACGAGCACGGGAUCGACGAGGAAAACGGCCGCGUUGUGACCAAGCCGGCCUGUGCUGGCUCGAGCAUCGGCGUCUCCAUCGCUUAUGGGCUCCGCGACACGCUUAUGAAGUGCCAGCACAUCAUCGCGGAUGGCAUCGACUCCCGAGUGGUCGUUGAGCUCUUCGCCUCAGGGGGUCGCGAGUUCACAGCCAUUGUCCUAGACGUCCCGUCCCCCCAAAACGAAGAAACUGAAAAUGUGCACAGUCCCAGAUCCGCCCAGCCUGUCACUCUUCUGCCCACAGAAGUUGAGUUGAUACUCGAACGAGAAUUGGAUGGAGUAAAGGCAGCGGGGGCUAUCUUCAACUACCGGAGAAAGUACCUCCCGACCAGGCAAGUUGGUUAUUACACCCCCCCUCGAUUUCCUCCGGCAACAGUAAGCGCAAUCCGAGAAGGUGCUGCGAAGCUGUUCCGUGUUUUGGGGCUCAGGGACUUCGCAAGGGUAGACGGUUGGCUCUUACGGGCGGACGGAAGUGGACGGAAUCCGGACGGAAACGGAGGGGAAACGGACCGAAGCGGAAGGAACUCGAGCGGAACGAUCGUCUUUUCGGACAUCAACCUGAUGAGCGGCAUGGAGCAGACAAGCUUCCUCUUCCAGCAAGCGGCGGAAGUGGGGCUAGCGCAUGCUGACGUGUUGAGGCGGGUUUUGGAUACGGCGUGCGCACGCAACGGGAUUGGGGGGCCGGGAAUGGGGAGUGACAACAGCAAACAAGGAACCCCGGCUCCCCUGCGCACCGUCAAGGUCCUCUUCGGUGGCAGCACCUCCGAGCGCCAGGUGUCGCUCAUGAGCGGGACCAACGUGUGGCUCAAGCUGCGCAGCUUCUCCGACCUCGCCGUCGAACCCUUCCUACUGGCGCCGGCUGCGCAGACUUCCGACAGCGAAACUUCGAAAGAAGCGGGAGAAAGAGAGGUCUGGGCGCUCCCUUAUGCAUCGGUGUUGCGGCAUACCGUAGAAGAGGUCGUCGAGGGGUGUGAAAAGGCGCUCGAGCCGGAGACCCUGACACGUGUCGACACGCUGAGGAGCCACGUCAUUGCUGAGCUCGAGCGGGCCUCCAGCGGCGCGGCCUGCUCGACCUCGGAACCCUCCUCGCAAACCCAGUCCCAAACCCCAGAGUCUCCGGGUGGAAACUCUGCCAAAGCUUCUGGGUCAGAAAGAAAAGCCAAUAACGCUGGCUCCCUAACCCCCAAAAAACCCCUGGGCUCCAUUACGCCAUCAAAACCUCGCCGGCUACUGUUGCGAGACUUCAUCCGAGAGUCGAGGGAAGAGAACGCGGUCGUGUUUUUGGCUGUGCAUGGAGGGAUUGGAGAAGACGGCACUCUACAAGAUAUGCUCGAAAUGGCGGGGGUUCCACACACGGGCUCGGAUGCGGCGGCUUCACGAACGUGUAUGGAUAAGUAUGCGACGGCGGAGGCGAUUGCUCAUCUCCGCCCCGACGGCAUCUUCUCUGCAGCCAAGCGCGUUUUCCCGACCGCCCAGCUGCUAGAAACCCUCUCCACUGAUCACACCGCUUCUCUUUGGGACUCCCUCCUUAGAGAGCUCGACUGCAUGCACGUGUGCGUCAAGCCCGCGUCCGACGGCUGCUCGACCGGUGUCGCGCGGUUGGACCACGUGGGGGAUCUGACGUCAUACCUGACGGCGGUGCGGGACCGGAGGCCGCAGCUAGCUCCGGGGGCGCUGAGCACCAGCGAGGGGGGGGUGGAAAUGGCGGUGCCGCCGCCGGCGCGGUUCAUGUUUGAGCCGUUCAUUGAGACGGAUCCGAUUCUCAUCCGGCGGCAAACGGAAAAGAGCACAGAGCAAAGUCGGACAUCGGGGCGCUCCGCAGAUUCAGGGCGGAACGGAAACGGAAACGGAAAGGACCAUGAAGGGGAGGAGGCAAUUUUGGGGGUGUCCGAUCGGGCCUCCCCAUUGGUUGCUAAACAAAUGUCGGGUACGGAACUAGUGUGGGCAGGAAAGUCCCGGUGGGUCGAAGUUACGGUCGGGGUGUUGGGGCCAAAGGGCGCAAUGAAGGCGCUGAGUCCGAGCAUAACGGUGAAGGAGAGCGGGCAUGUGCUGUCUCUGGAGGAGAAGUUCCAGGGGGGAACUGGGGUGAACCUGACACCCCCCCCCGCCGAGAUCGUCAGUCCGACCGCUCUCCGGUCGUGCAAGGAGCGGAUCGAGCUCGUCGCGGCCGCCCUGGGGUUGGAGGGUUUUGCUCGCAUCGACGCCUUCGUUCACGCGGAUAGUGGCGAGAUCAUUGUGAUCGAGGCGAACACGGUGCCCGGCAUGACUCCCUCCACGGUGCUGUUCCAUCAGGCUCUGGCAGAGGAGCCCCCAUUGUAUCCCAAGGCAUUCUUCCGGAAGGUUGUCGAGUUGGCAAUCGUUGCUCGUAGACCAUAAAGACUCCCUUGUAUUGCGACGGUGACUAAUAUCAACUACCUAGUCGUGUCAGAGAUCGACAGUCAUGCCUGCAUCUAAAUGAUGCUGCCGGGUCAAGCCGGGGCUCGUCGACUUGGUUGUAUGGUUGAUUCGGCUCGUGAGGCUUUCGUAC